CUUAUCAGAUAGAAAUGGUUUUAGUUUAUUUAACUUUCUCUUUCUGUCUUUAUAAUGUAUUUCCCAUCAGAGAGUUCUGGAAGUUUAUUUGGCCUGUAUUUACUCUUCCUCAGAUAAUGAACAGGCUGUAUGAGAGAGACAGAGAAUCAGGCAGGAAAAAGAAAUGCUCAAACUAUAAAGGUCAUUUUAACAAUCUCAUAAUCUCAUUUCCUCAUUCAAGUUUACCUGGGAGUCCCAAGCUUUUUUUUUUUUUUGCUUUAGCUGUGCCACUAUGUAAAAAAGGAACUCAAACCACGUGUUGCAAUUCUGUGGUAUUGCGGUGAAACAGAGCAUCCCUUUCCUUUCAGAGUUUAGGAGUAUUUAUAAGGGAGCCAGCACUUUGCUUCCUUCAGAUCACAAAUCAAACCUGCCUGACAACUUGACUAAAGGCGCCGUCACAGGAAAAGAUGCCUCACCUGCUCUGUGCCUUACUUUCACUGUUUUCCUUUGGUGCCCUACUGGAAGCUGUGCAGUGGAAACUUCAGGAAAAUGUGUAUGUCAUAGAAUCUGAGUGGAAUGCUGAGACACCAGCUACGAGAGUGGAGCUCACCUGUAACUCACCCAAUGAAGCAGUUUACUGGAAAAAGGACUCUGAAUGGAAAGGAAAAGGAAAGACUCUGAUUGCUGAAGUGAAGGAGUUCCCAGAUGCUGGAAACUACACCUGUCUGGCAGAGAAUACCCAUGAAAUCCUCAGCUAUAAUUUCUUCCUCAUAAGCAAAAUUGACUCCAAUGGGCAGAUGAUAAGGUCGAUUCUGAAAAGCUUUAAAGAGCCAAAGCGGACGUUUUUAAAAUGUGAGGCAAAGAACUACUCUGGAAUUUUCAUGUGUUCAUGGAUGACAGAAAAUGAGAAUCCAAAUGUGAAGUUCACCAUCAAAAGUCUAAAAGGCCCUCAGGGAGAUGUGACCUGCAGCAGCCCUGUGGCUCACACCGAUGGAUCAGUGACCAGAUACACGUCCCAGUGCCGCAAAGAAAACUACUGUCCCUUUGCUGAAGAGCACCAGCCCACUGACAUGUUCCUGGAGGUCAUCGAUGAGGUGGAAUAUGAGAACUACACCAGCAGCUUCUUCAUCAGAGAUAUCAUAAAACCUGACCCACCCCAAUGUCAGUAUGUGGCCACAAAUGGAAUGGUGACCUGGGAAUAUCCCAAAACAUGGAGCACCCCAAAGUCCUACUUCCCUUUGACUUUUAAGGUCAAAGUUAAAAGUGCGAAGAAACGCAAAACCCAGGUCGUCUAUGUUACUGAUGAACAGUCAUUCCACCUUCCAAACACUGGGCCAAAGGAUGAGAUUUCCGUGCAGGCCAGGGAUCGUUAUUACCACUCAUCCUGGAGUGACUGGUCUUCACUCUGCAGGUAA